CCCAAUAGGAUUAACCAGAAAAUGCUGACCAUAUUUUUCGUAGCGCUCCUGUUCACAAUUGGGCGAUGCAGAGCUGACCAAAACUUUUUGACAAGGACUGUUCAUGUUGGAGACGAUGUGACUCUAACAUGUAGCCGCCAGAGUAGCCAGCUGGAGACAGGAACCUUAUUUUGGAUCAGACUUACUGCUGGAAACUUGCCUGAAGUCUUAGGAGCCACUUACACUUUUGAUAGUAUAUACAUUAAUAAGACUCCUCGAAUCACAGCAAAACAAGAGCCUCAGACAUUUGUUCUCCAUAUUACCAAAACAGAGCUGAGUGAUACUGCAUUUUACUACUGUGAAAAGCAUGUUGAACUACAAACAACAUUUCUGAAUAUUACUUUUCUGAGAGUCAAAGGAACAGAACCUGAUAUCACUACUGUAAUUCCAAUCUCUCCAUCUGAGCCAGUCCAUCCAGGAGACUCUGUGACUCUCCAGUGUUCAGUCCUCUCUGACUCUGAGAAGAAAACAUGUCCAGGAGAUCACAGGGUGUACUGGUUCAGAGCCGGAUCCGAUGGAUCACAUCACAGUGUCAUUUACGUUCAUGGUGAAAAGUGUGAAAGGAAUCCGGGGGCUCUCUCUCCUCAGAUAUGCGUCUACAACUUCUCCAGGAACAAUGUCAUCUCUUCUGAUGCUGGGACUUAUUACUGUGCUGUGGCCACAUGUGGAGAGAUAUUAUUUGGAAAUGGAACAAAACUGGUUAUUGAAGAUGGGACAAAACUGGACAUUGAAGCAGCCAACAUAAAUACAGUUCCACUUCUACUGCUUGCUGCUUUGGCUCUAAGUUUGAUCUUUAUAUUCUUACUGAUUUACACCAUCAAGAAAAACAAGUCAGCUUCUUCUACUGCAAUGCAAACAAAUGCUGCAACAGCCAUGGGUGAUGAACAAAGUCAGAAGACCGAUGAAGACUCAUUGGUUUAUUCUGUGGCAAAAUUUACAAGGAAGCCUGGCCGGAGUUUGAGGAGGGAUACAAAAUCAUUUGAGGGAGAGAGCAUUUAUGCAGAUGUCAGGGUUUUGGGGAAGGAAUAGCAA